AUGAGGCUCUUCAAAAAGUUACGCCGAGUCAUCGAUAGAAAAUUCAAUACUAGGUCUAGUCCAUCACACUCAUAUUCACAUGCACCAUCCGAAAGGACACACAGUGAAAUCCAACAAGGAAGAUACAUCUUUCCCGCCGAAAGCGAACAGCACGAAGCCACCAUCCUCGGCUUCCCAUCUCGUUCUUCUCUCCCUCCCGACAAAUACGACGCAGUUUGCAUCGAGCUAGCAGAGCUCGCUACUGCCAUCGCAGAAUUUGAGCCAGUCCGCAUCUAUGUGCGCCCGGAUGACAAGACCCUCUUAGAUCCCCUGCUCCAAAACACCGGCAAGGAUCUUGGGUGCGUGACCAUCAUCCCUUGCCCAAUUAAUCACUGCUGGGUCCGCGACACGGGACCAGUCUAUAUCCGUGACGCGACAGGCAAAUUCUCCGAUCGACGUUUCGCUGUAAACUUUCGCUUCAACGAGUGGGGUGGCAAGAAGCCAGACGGUGAUGGGCUAUGCUGGGGUCAGCGAUGGCCACCGUUGGACGAUAAGGCGCUCCAGGAAAACACGGACUUUGCACGUUGGGUCAUAGAUCAUGACUUCGAGCCUGCCCCCGUGACUCGGAUCGAUUCCCCAUUCCGUGCUGAAGGAGGUGCGUUCGUGACGGAUGGGGAAGGGACAUUGUUGAUCACGGAGAGCAGUAUUAUCUGUGACAUGCGCAAUCCUGGUAUGUCCAAGGCUAGGAUUGAGGCUGAGCUGAAACGAUUGCUGGGUAUUCAAAAGGUCAUUUGGUUCCCCGGUCGACGUAAAGUGGAUAUCACGGAUGUGCAUAUGAAUACCAAGGCGCGCUUUAUUCGACCUGGUGUUAUCGUCUACUCUAAACCUCAUGACACGGCUGCCGAUGUAUGGAAAGACAUCUCUGUGGAAAUCAGGGAGCUGCUAGGUCGCGAGCGGGAUUCAAGAGGUCGAACUCUGCAGAUCCAUACUAUUGAAGAGCCGGAUCCUCGGGGCUUGACCAAUGGUGACGACGAUAAGCUCUCGGCUAGCUAUGUCAAUUUUUACUUCGUCAACGGGGGACUGAUAAUCCCAAAGUUUGGAGACGAAGAGAGAGAUCAGAGAUCUCUUGAGCUUUUAUCAUCCCUCGUUCCCGAUCGAGUCGUUCGGCAGGUAUAUACAAACGCCAUUCCUUUGACCGGAGGUGCGUUGCAUCGAGUGACCCAACAAGUACCAUCUAUGGUGAUAGACUAG